AUGGCUCAGCAGAUGGGAGUCGUUGGCUCCUCACCAGAGACCAUCGACGUCUCUGGUACAUCUCCGAGCAUUGCGACGUCCUCUGAGCAAUCUGUGAGUCAGCAGCAACGCAAGGCGGGCAAACGGGACCGCGUUGCCUUGGCAUGCCAGAGGUGCAAGACACGGAAGCAAAAGUGUGACGGACAACGGCCAGCAUGUGCCUCUUGCGCACGUCUUUCCUUGAAAUGCGUCUACGUAGUCCCACUAGUUCCUGCUGCCGGGGAGAAGAAGUUAUACAUCAAAGCCCUGGAGCAGCGAGUGGCUGAACUUGAAUCUGUGCUGGCGUCUCUAGGGCACAUGGGAGUUGGAACUGACCACUUGAGAGGAAUGAUUGGCGCAUCCCCUUCAUCCUCUCUUCCACAGCAAGGCAUUCGUUCCGAGUCUCAGAGCUUGCAGCAGGAGCCAGAUGACGACGCCAAUGACAUAUUGAGUGCUGUCCGUGACUUGUCACUAUCGGCAUCUGGCCAUUAUGUUGGCGCAUCAUCCAACAUCACCAUCGGUCGUGUUCUCAGCUCCGUUGUCCAUAGCGCAAGAAACCCAGUAGCCAGUACUAUUGAUGACUCGAAUACUCAGGAAGAUGACGAUCCCGCACCAAAAUCAGUCUACUCUUUAGGACUUACGGACGCAGUUGGCGAGCCAUUUCUUGCUCCCAACGUGGCCAACAGGCUACUGCAAGCAUGGUUUCGGCAUAUUGCUACACGGUACCCAGUAUUGCACUCGGCCAAAGUCUUGGAGCUUCACGAAAAUAGGGGCAAUCUAACAGAUGUAUAUGAAAGAAGCAUGCUUCAUCUCGUCUAUGCUGUUAGUGGGCGUUGGCUCGAAUCCGCCGGCGAGAUUGGCCAUUUCCUCAGCGACCAACACUACGAUGCAGCAUUUGCCAACAUGGACACAAUAUUACCACUACGCGACUCUCGGACGGUGAACUAUUUAAUAUACAUGGCACUGUACUGCACACGAGCCCCCAGAGAUCCGGGAGCAUGGACGUAUGUUGGAGCGGCGAUGCGACUAUGCAUUGAAUUAGGAUUGCAUCGCCGCCAACGACGCCAGCAGCCUAGCCUUGAAGGGGAGAUGAACAAACGUCGCUUCUGGGCAACAUACUUUCUGGACCGCGACAUCUCCAUUGCCAUUGGCAGACCCCCGAGCCUUUCAGACCACGAUAUCGACGCAGAAUUUCCUCUAGAUCUUGAUGAAAACACGCAGAGUGACGACUUGAUCCGACAAGCAUCAAUGAAUGUUUCAAACACCCCAGCAGUCCCCCAAAAGACCCUUACCUCCUUCAUCCACAGGCUGAGGCUCAAGAAAUUGGAAUCAGAAAUUCAACAUGUCGUUUAUCGAGUUGAUCAACCAACAAAGGUUUCCGAUGCUACUGUAACGUACUUUAUGGAUCGCCUCAACUCCUGGAAACAAAACAUUCCGUUUGAGGCAAAUAACUUUGCUCGCCAAACUGAAGGAGCGUUUGAAGGCUUGGAACUCUACACGAUUCACUACUAUCGGUGUGUUCGAUUCUUGCUCUAUCCGACAUUGGCCGAAGUACCAGUCAACAUGCAGUACGUGAAGCUGUGCGCCGAUGCAUGUGCUGGGAUCAUUUGUGAUUACCGCAGAUUGCAUCACAUUUUUCCAGUGGGAUUUUCGGCACUCAGCAUACAAUCCAUGUUUCUUGCCGGGCUCACUCUAACAUAUUGUGCUUGGCUUGCACCUCCGGGUCAUAUCAACAUUGACGGCCCACUGACAGACUGCCAAUUGCUAUUAUACAUUGUAACAGAACGAUACCCUUCUGCGCGAAAAUAUCGUGAUGUCUUUGAGCGUAUCAAGAAGGCAAUCACAGAUCUCAUUGCACAAGGCAAGCAUGAGCCUCGACAUCCGGUACAUCUGGAUCCUUCGAUACAGGAAGGUGUUGCCAAAUUCCAAGGGCACUGGGAACCUGACAUGCCAGGCAUGGGCAACGAGUAUAACUUCAUGAUCAAUAAUAUGAUUGGAAAUCCCGUGACAACCCCUCCCUUUGAGCUUGAACUGGACCCUACGGCAACAGGCUUGGUUGGGCAAUCUCAUCAGCAGGCCCAAACGCUUGGUUUUCCUAUGUGGAACUCCAUGUCGCAUAUUCAGGGAGAUCACAUGAACGAGCUGAAAGGUCUCUUUCAAUAA